AGUGAGAGUACUGAGCAACCCCCACUUCCUGGAUGCCAGCUAGAAAGGGAGCCUGAGGAGGAGCAGAGCACUGAAAAGGAGAAGAAAUUAGAAGAAGAAAACAACAUGAAAUUGAAAUUGUCUUUAAAGGAAACUGAAAUAGAAAGGCUGAAAGCACAAAUUAGCACACUUAAAAAGAAAACUCUAACACCUGAACUACUUGAAAGCAGUGAAAUCCCUAAAAUGUUGGAAUACAGUACUGGGUUUACAUAUGAUCGAUUCAACCAACUGUGCACAAUAUUUGGCAUCCCAAAUGAUCCACACACCACUCAAAUAAAUGUGCCCUUAAACUACAAGCGCAAUGAUUGGCAAGUUGCUGAGAUGCCCCUCCGUAGCCAGUUGCUGUUUGUUUUAAUGAAACUCCGCAACAACGAAGACCUAAAGAACCUUGCCUUUAGAUUUAAUAUAACCACGCAAACAGCAAGUACUAUUUUCAAUUCCUGGAUUCAUUAUAUGUUUGACGUAUUAGGUGAAUUACCAAUUUGGCCUCACAGAGAUGUCAUUGCACAAAACAUGCCAGAAACCUACAAAGCAGACUACCCAUCCACAUUUGCAAUAUUAGAUUGUACAGAGCUGAAAAUCGAAAGGCCAACGUCACUGGUGUUGCAAAGCCAGAGCUUUUCAAACUACAAAAGCACAAACACCCUAAAAUCGCUAGUUGCCUGUGACCCCCGUGGUGCUGUGAUUUUUUCAUCUGCCCUCUUCACAGGAUCCAUGUCCGAUAAGGAGAUAGUCAGGCAAUGUGGUAUCAUCCCGUUACUAGAGCAACUUAUAGAGAGUGGCUAUUUGCAAAGAGGGGAUGGCAUAAUGGCUGAUAAGGGCUUCUUGAUCGAGGAAGAGAUGCGAGCAGUCGGACUGCAGUUAAACCUGCCACCGUUUUCGAGAUUUAAGAGGCAAAUGCCCGCUGGAGAUGUGCUGGUGACAAAGCGCAUUGCAAAGCACAGGGUGCACGUAGAGAGGGCCAUCGGUAAAAUAAAAAAGUUCAAGAUGGUGUCAGACAAAAUUCCUAAUACAAGGUUAGGGAUUAUAAAUCACAUCUGGUAUGUGGUGAGCAUGCUUUCAAACUUCCAGCCACACAUACUUGAGUAAGGGACAGUCUGGGACAGUCGUAGCAUCACAUGGCAACAAAUACAAAGUAUUACUACAUGACAUUAUUACUGCUUUAACCUGUUAUUUUUACUCACCACUGUGGGGCAUUUUGUCAGCCUGAGCUGUGGAAGGUGCUAUAGAAAUCCUUGUUUCAUGUUUUUAUGUGUAGGUGUAUAUAAUAUGUCAGCCCAAUUUUCCUUUUUUUACAUUGUAAGCACAAUUUAGAAUUUGUAAAUGUCAAAUUUUAAUGAAACUUUAAUAAAAUCUCACCUGGUGGCUUAGACCGCACCCCACUGCAUACUUCCUGCCUCCAACUUCUACCUCAGGUGCAGUUUCAUCAGCAAUGUAGCUUAUAGGUGCAUCUGACAUCUCCCUCAGUAGACCAUACACUGCUGUC